AUGGCCUCACUCAAAGACAAAGUAAUCGCUGUCACCGGAGCUGCAGGCGGGAUUGGAUCCACCACUGCUGUUAUUCUUGCUUCCAGAGGAGCGGACCUUUCAUUAGCCGACAGGGAUCUCAAGGCUCUGGAUCGUAUUGCCGCAGAGAUACGCACCACGUACAAGAGAGACGUGCUCACGACCGAACUGGACGUCUCAAAUUCCGAACAAGUGAACGAGUGGAUCGCAUCUACCGUUAAGCACUUCUCAAAGCUAUCUGGAGCUGUGAAUCUGGCCGGAAUAGUGGGCAAGGAGUUUGGAUUGAAAGCUGCGCACGAAGUUACGGACGGAGAUUUUGAUUUGGUAAUGGCAACCAAUGUGAAGGGCAUUAUGGCAUGCCAGCGUGCUCAGUUACGGCAUGUUGAGGAUGGAGGAAGCAUCGUCAAUACUGCCAGCGUCGCGGGCAAAAUGGGCAUGCCUAAUAUGCUCGCAUAUAGCGCCAGCAAGCAUGCUGUUAUUGGAAUGACCAGGGUUGCCGCCAUUGAGAAUGGCCAUCGGAAUGUGCGAGUGAAUGCGAUUGCCCCGGGAAGUAUCGAUACUAAGAUGCUGGACAUUGCUCGCCAGGUGAACUUGUCUGAGAGCGACAAGGGUGCCUCUCCGAUCAAUCGGGCAGGGAAGCCAGAGGAAGUUGGAGCCUUGAUUGCGUUUCUGUUGAGUGAUGAUGCUGGGUUCACAACCGGUGCAGUCUACACCAUUGACGGUGGAUUGACCCCCUAG